AUGCACUCGGAUCCGCAUCAGCAGCAUCUUCCCGUCCUGCUGCCAGCGACGCCAAAGCGGCAGCCAUGGCAGCGACGCUGGGCAUCGUCCAUGUAAGCUGCAUGCUUUUGUUUAAGGCUUCUGGCGGUCUAGAGAAUGUCCUGCGGCUCACAGUAUGUAUGUAGGACACAUCCGUGACUUAUUGUCAGUGUUUUGACCCUCACUUGUUUCCUUAUGUGCUAUGUACGUACAUGCUGCUCUUUCUAUACCUGAUGUUGGAUGUGAAUGUGUUGCUUAACCGCUGCUUUCGGGGGACUUUUGUGCCAGAUGCUCGCCUCCGCAGUACUCACGCGCACUUACGUAAUAUGAUUACGUAUUUCUCCCCAAUAACGCUCUAGCCACCUGUUGGUGCUGAUCAUACAGGAGAGGGGAGGGGAUAUAAUUUGAUUAUAGGAAACCGUGUGUGUGUGGGCCAUGUUUAUCCAAAAUUAGUAUGUGUGUGUUUCAAAAACCCCAUCUAGAACAGGGGGGUUCAAAGUGUGAGGUGCAGCAGCUUAAUACAAAUAAUGAAAAACACAUUAUGUCUGCUAUGCUACUUUGUGACAAAACUAAAUGUAUUGUAGCCGACAGUGGCAAAACACUCUGAACACAGAAAUUAUCCAAAUACCUAAAAAGACACAAACACAUUAAAACAAAGGUAAAGGGGGAAAUGCUGCAAUCACGUAAAUGCUGCUUGAUCAAAGAACACUGGUGUCAAACUCAAAGCCCAGGGGCCAAAUCUGGCCCCCCAUAUCAUUUUAUGUGGUCUGCAAAAGCCUGGAAAUAAUAUGCGUCAAUAAAGCACUUUAUCUUUUUUACUAUAUGUAUUUGUUUUUUUAAUUUUGACAGAAAAAAACUGUACUGGAUGAAAUUGCAUAUUUAAACUUGAAUGUUAUGUAAGAUAUUCCAAGCAAAAUCUCUAAAUAUCUGCUUGUCAAUUUGAGUUAGGAUUUCAAAGUAAAUGAUCCAUCAAUUUGUUAUUUAAAAAUGCAUAGGCUAUUGUGUAUCAUUGUAUAUCAUGAGGCGAUUAUAUCUGUUACAAGCGGCCCUCUGAGAGCAGCCAUAACUGCGAUGUGGCCCUCAAUGAAAACAAAUUUGACACCCCGAUUCGAACACUAACAUUAGCAACGUGAAUGCUUGCUCUGUAUGAUGUUUUUAAACUUGCAUUGUUCAUGCGAUUGCAGCAUUUUUGGCUGUUUGCAUUUGUUUUGUGGUGUUUUAGGAUCUUUUUUGUGGCAAUAUGGUGUGAGCAGAAAAGGGCACAUAUGAUCUGAGGGAUUGAGCCACAAUUUAAAAAGCCUUUACAGUAAUGUUCGCACUCAUGACUUGUUGCUACAACUUGACUUAUGAUGACAACAAAUGUCACAGUUGCUGUUUGACUUUUGACCUGAGUAAAAUGGCAUGUUUAUCUGCACACACAGACAGCUGGUGCACGGGCCUUCAAUGGACUCUUUGUGUCUAUAGAGAAAGAUCCUUUAUUAGCCACUGAGCCAGCCUGUUUUUUUAGACUUAUCGUAUCUUUCAAUUAAGAAGUAUAAAACAUUGAAUUACUGAAUUAUGAACAUGACUUUCACCUUUUUUCUUUUAAUGCCUAUUUGUUUAUGACUAAGAGUGCAGCAGUAAGUGCUCCUGGCCUUUCUCUCUAGAGGCAACAUGUCAGUGUCUCUCACCCCGAGUAGGAAGCCUUCAUCGGGUCAGCGCAGGCGCUCAGCAGGAACAAGUGGCAGCAGUGCACGAUGUAGCCACAGUGACACGUCCAGCAGCUACCAGCUCAAAGUCAAGGCGACCGAGGGCAGCCUCACACCUCGGAUGUAUCCCAGUACACCGAGAAACUGUGAAAUAGAUGACUUGAGGACUCAGCUGUACAAAAUGCAAGAAGACUGGAUAGAAGAGGAAUGCCACCGUGUGGAAGCCCAGUUAGCACUAAAGGAGGCCCGCAAGGAAAUCCAGCACCUUCAAGGAGUGGUAGAGUCAGUCAGGACCAACCUGAGUGUUCGAGAAGACCCCCCCAACCAAAAGCCAUACUUACGGUCACAGGACGCCAGGCCAGGGGGUAGGUCUCGCUCCUGUGGAUGUUCUCCUGCCAGCACGUUGACCCGCAGCGUCCCCCGUACUCGCUUGAGCAGCGAGGCCCUGCAUCUGGAGCGUAGUCCAAACGCGCCCGAGUCAAGCAGAGCAUCACGAGUGGCAGGGCAGGCCCACCUCCUCCUGGAAGCAGCACUUCUGUCCGAGCAGACGCCUCCACAGGGCGACAGAGGGAUGGUGCCUCCUUCUUCCACCUAUGAAAGAGUGUGCGGAGGGGGCACUGUGCUGCCAAUGUCCCACUCCUGCCAUUCUCUUAGUGGCAGCUGCAGGUGCGGUGGUCAUGCCUAUUUCCCACAUCAUCACUUAUACCUGCACUUACCUCAGGAAGAGCCCCCAGAAACAGUUCCUGUGGCUCCUGCUGCUGACCCAGUCCCAACACCUACUGCUCCAAUGCAGAGGAAACCAGAGUUGCGCUCAAGAGCCUGCAGCCCAACUAUGACUUGGUUGUGUGAGGAAAGUGUCAAGGAGGAGCUGAGUGUCAUUUCUACAACAGUGGAAUUGACUCCUUCAGAGCCACUUCUCUUUCCAACAUCUUUGUCUCCUCAUCCACACAGCGAGGAGCCAAACAAGUUUGUGUGCAUAAAGAUGCCUGAAGAGCCUCACGUGUGUCAGCCUCACCCUGCAGCCCCACUCCUACUCCCCGUAAGGCAGGAAGCCACCCUGCUGGACAUAGAGGAGGACGCCAAGGAAGAGAAUGAAGAGGGAAAUGAUUUGCACCAGAGGUGUUACUGGAGCCCGUACUUCCUUGUGGACCUGCUGGCUUUGGCAGUGCCGGUGGUUCCAACUAUGGCGUGGCUGUGUCGCGGGGCGCAGCAGGACAUCAUGCCUGUGUAUCAUUUCGGAUCUCUGCUGAGAGGCUGCUGCGCUGUGGCCCUCCACUCGCUCCGCAGGCAGGGUGCAGGACGCAGACGGGCCAGCCUGAAUGGAACAAUAACCUGACUUUGAACACUAAUGCCGACAAAGACUGCAUGACAAUUGGCCUUAAAGAACAAAACAUUUAACAUUACUUCAACUUCUUUCUCUACACAGCUUAAUUUUUGCAUGUUGGAGUCCAUUAGCUGCAUCCAAAAGCUGCUGUCAGAUGUUUUCUAAUUUCUACUCAAAAAACAGUUCAGAACAGAACACGAGGUUAUGAUGAAUUAAUUUAUUUUGUGUAUUUUGCUGUUUCCCGCAUAAUUGCAUUGGCAGGUUGGCAUUUCUUGAAGAAAAAGAAGUGCUAAAUUUGUACAUAAAUGAAGCUUCAUAGAGAGCACCUAAAGUGGGCAGCACUUUUUUGCCAUGGAAAUACUUGAUAAAUCUGUGCAGGCAUUUAUGGAAUGUUGUACUGGAAGCUCUUUAAAGAUUAGAUUGUGAUAGUGAGUCAGAUAUAUUUUGGAAUGUUGUAUUACAAGGAAUAAUUGGAGUCUCAUCAAAGCGUCAGGAUAACAAAGGAUUUGAUUUACUCACUACAGCUCACUCGCACAACAUUCUAUAGGGAUGAUUGCUUUUAACGGGAAAAGAGACAGAUGCCAAAUGAGGUAAGCUGAGAGGCCAAAGGUAAAAUGAAUACACACUUCCAUUAAGUGUUCAAGCGGCCAAGUCAAGUGAUCAAUAGUGCAGGUCUUUUGUGUUAGAAAAAGAGAUUUGGUGAUUACAAAAUACAUGUGCUGAAAUCAAAAUGAUUAGAUAAAUUUACCUGACACAAUCUACAACUAUUUAAAAUUGUCCUGCUGCUGUGCUGCAUUUUUAUCAUGGUCCUGGAAAAUAUUAAACCUGUAAUAGCUAUAAUGUACUUACAAGUUCCAGUCUUAUGCAAAAAAAGGAAUGUUUUGGUGUUCAGGGUCAAUCGCAGUUCAACAGCAAACGGGCUAAGUCUGCGUGGUUGGACCUGCACAUUUGCACAGGGAAUCUUUGGGGACGUUUUAGUUGGUUAAAAAAAAAAAAGUUGUAUGAUUGUACCCUUAAUUUGUAAUAUACCAACAAAAGCAGUGCA